GAGUCCUAGAGGAAGCAACGGCCAUGCUUCUCCUUCUCUCCAUGCUGAUCCUGUGCACACCGCCUCCGCAGUCCACGGGAACAGAAGUGAAGGCCUAUGCCCAGAAAACAGUGACCAAUGCCUGCACCCUGGUUAUAUGUACCCCUGUGGAGAAUGGCCUGCCUGGUCGUGAUGGACGAGAUGGAAGAGAGGGUCCCCGGGGCGAGAAGGGAGAUCCAGGGUUACCAGGACCCAUAGGACGAAUGGGGAUGCCUGGACGAGUUGGCCCAGUUGGGCCCAGAGGGGACAAUGGCUCUGCUGGAGAACCUGGACUAAAGGGAGACUCUGGACCACCUGGACCUCCGGGACUUCCAGGUGGGCCUGGUCCGGCUGGAAAAGAGGGCCCCCCGGGACUGCAGGGGAACAUAGGACCUCAAGGAAGACCAGGCCCCAAAGGAGAGGCUGGGCCCAAAGGAGAAAUGGGCCCCCCCGGCUUGCAGGGCUCUGCGGGGACAAGAGGCCUCACAGGUCCCAGAGGGGAGCGAGGUGCCCCUGGUGAGCCUGGAGCCCCCGGAAAUGCGGGGGAAGCAGGGCCUGCAGGAGCCAUAGGCCCACAGGGACCUCCCGGUGCCAGGGGCCUCCCAGGACCGAAGGGGGACAGAGGUGCUCCUGGGGACCGAGGAGCAAAGGGAGAGAGUGGGCUUCCAGACAUCGCGGCUCUGAGGCAGCAGGUGGAGGCCUUGCAGGGGCAGGUGCACCGACUUCAGGGAGCCCUCGCUCAGUACAGGAAAGUGGAGCUCUUCCCCCACGGCCGAGGUAUCGGGGAGAAGAUCUUCAAGACAGGAGGCUUGGAGAGAUCUUUUCAGGACGCACAGCGAGUCUGCGCACAGGCGGGGGGGACACUGCCGUCCCCGCGCUCCGCUGCUGAGAACGAGGCUUUGCGGCAGCUGGUCACAGCUGAGAACAAGCCCGCGUUCCUGAGCAUCACCGACUCCCAGACGGAGGGCAAGUUCACCUACCCCUCGGGGGAGCCCCUGGUCUAUUCCAACUGGGCCCCGGGGGAGCCCAACAAUAACGGCGGGAAUGAAGACUGUGUGGAGAUCUUCACCAACGGCAAGUGGAAUGACAGGUCCUGUGGAGAGAGUCUCCUCGUGAUCUGCGAGUUCUGAGCCACCGAGAUGGGCGGACAGUCGUGGCCCAGGAGACUGGUCAGCAAGUCGGGCCCAGACCCGUGUUCUGCCACAUUCCUGGAGGGCUGACACCUCUGCUGGCCAGGGCUUGGCCACAGAGCGU